AUGUCUGGUGCAGAGCCAGGAAUAUUAAUUAACAAGAAGAUUAUCAUCUUUGAUAGUUACGACUUGCCAUAUGUUACUACUGCAUUUUCCUUGGACCUUUCUAAAAAUUGGACAACAGUUCCAGAUCAAAGAAACGCUUAUUCUUCAACAUUUAAAGAUGGUAAAAUUUAUUAUAUUGGCGACGCCUAUCGAACUGAUGAAGUUGCUGAUAUUCGAGAAGACUUUGAGCUAAAAAUUCAUGAAAAAUUUAGUGACCUAGGAAUAAGUUGUCACCGUGUACCGUAA